ACACUAGUGCGCUAGUAUCCGGUAUGAGACGUAGUGACGCGCUCUGAAGGACGCAAGCUAACAUGGCGGCGUCCGUGUUGUGCAGGAGGGCAGUUCCGCGUUUAGGUUUUUCUACUUGCAAAUCUUUUCUCCCCGUUGUUUCUGGGAAUAAUGUCGUACAGCUGAUAGCUGGUUACAACCCCAAACCUCUCCGGCUGAAUAUAAAGGAUCCUUACAUUCCGGACAGGGACAGUGAGAAGACCCCGGUGUGGCAGAAGACUGAGAAAUAUGACCGCAAGCUGUUCGCACGUUACGGUUUUGCCUCCGGUGUGGAUCCGGCGAAACUUUGGCCCACUGCCGCCCAGCUGGAGGAGCUAAUCCUGGAAGAGAAGCAGUGGCAUCCUCCGCUUGAGGAACUGCUGAAAAACAUCGCGGCGAAGGAGAAGGAAAAAUCAGAUAAACGGCUGGAGAGAGAGAAGGUGAUUGCCGCAAACAUGGCGAAAAUGCCCAAGAUGAUAGCAGACUGGAGGAAGGAGAAGCAUGAAGCUAAGAGAAAACUGAAGGAGGAAAAGGCCAAAAAGGAAAGGCUACUGGCUGAGGCUCGCGAGCGUUUCGGCUUUGCGCUGGACCCACGCAGUUCCAAGUUCAAGGAGAUGCUUGCAGAGAUUGAAAAGGAGGAGAAGAAGAAGAGAAAGCUCCUGAAACGUCGAAAGAGAGAAGAGGAACAGGGGCUGAGUCCUGCACCAGCUGCUGAAUCCUCAUAGAAACUUUGGCUGAGGCAUUGCACAGACUGUUGUAUAUAUUGACAUUGUAGUAACAUGUCUGACCAUCGGAAUAGAUUUUGAAAACCUCAUCACUUCUUUUCUAAUGUUAUUAAAAGACCCAUAAAUAAAAUGUAAA